AUGAUUAUCCCUGUGCGAUGCUUUUCCUGCGGGAAGGUGGUUGGAGACCUCUGGGAGCGAUACUUGAAGCUCAUAGAUGCCCAAGUACAAGAUGGAGAAGCUAUGGAUCAGCUAGGAUGUAAACGCUAUUGCUGCCGCAGAAUGAUAAUGACCCACGUCGACCUGAUCGAGAAGCUCCUCAAAUACAACCCCGCAGACAGAGAUACCAAGAAGGCGGCGAUGAACUAG